UUAUUUUUUUAAAAUAAAUUAUUGGAUGGGUAUGUUUGUCUUUGUAUUAUUUAAGUUUUAUAUAUAAAUUCGGGUAGUGAGCUGUUCUUUGGUCAGAAAGAAGAUGAGAGAUAAAUAGAAAUUCUCAGGUGUUUUAAAUACAACCUCUUCUCCAUCUCUAUCUCUUCCACCCAACUCCCUCCUCUUAUCUUUAUAAAAGUCAGCCUCUAAUUAUCUUUUAAUUUCCCAAAAAAAAACAAAUCAAGUUAUAUAUAUAUUUUCCAUUUUUUCUCUCUCUUUUUUUGACAGAAUAUUCCUUUUUCCCAAAUUCUUAAAAAAAAUAUUUUUUUGAAGAAACCUUCUUAUUUUGUCUUUUAUCAUCAAAUGCAUAUACAUACAUACACGGAUACACACACGCUUACAUAUUAUAUAUACGCGCUUACAUACAUACACUGAUAUAUAUACACAUACUUGCUUGUUGCUUGUUGGAUUGUUUACUUAAUAAGUUAAUAUCUCAGCUUCUUCUUGUUACUGUCUCACUUUAGGGCUUUUUUUUGUUGGUCUCUUUGUUUGGGGUCUCUUUGUUAAUAUUUAUAUAUAAACACAAAAUUAGGAAAAAAGAGUUAUAAUAUUUUAAAAUGGAGUCAGCAAACAUCUUUGGAUCCGAUGAGGAUGGUCGUAGCUGUGAAUCUGGAUGGACGAUGUAUUUAGCCUCGCAGUCCCAUGAUCAUGACGACGACUGUUACUAUGAUGAUGAUGACGAAGAAGCAGAAGAUAGCGAUGGUGGUGAUUCAAUGGAUUCCGAUGCAUCUUCUGGUCCAAUGGAAGCCACAUCAUCUCUCAAACUUGCUCAAGAGAUUGAGGAGCAAAACUCUAUAAAGAAGAAGAAGAAAAGGACUAAUGAAGAGAUGGUUUUGGUGGAGACUACUAGGGUUCACAACACCAUCAUUGAUGAUGAGGAUGACGAUGAUGGGGAUAAUCAUGAUUAUGAUGAUGGUAAUGAUAGCUACAGUGUAGUUCAUAGCUACGUUGGUUCAGUUAUACAAAAAGGGUUAGUUUGAUUUUAUAUAGUGACUUUGUGUCUAUGUUUUAUUUAAGUUUGUUCCACUUCCAAUAUGAUUUUAUUCUUACUCGAUCCAUGUUAUGUCCUUGUGUCAUGACGAUUUCUGUUUUGAUAAUUAUGAAAGCGUAUUUUCUAUCUGAUGAUUUGCUAAUUGUGUAGCCUUA